AUGCUUUUUAAUAAAGAUGAAAAAUUGGUUCAUCACGUUCACAGAAGUACACUUCGGUUUGCAUUCAAAAUUAGUGGUAAAAAUAAAACAGUUUCAACAACAAUUUUGAGAGCUAGUCUUACAGUCUGCACAUUUUUAAUGCUAAAGAAAAUUUGGUUUCGUAUUUACUACGUUGAACUGUCAAUUUUUUCCAUAUGCGUCACCGCUACACUGCUAAAAAGGUUUGCUGGGAUUGGAAAGGUGGGAAAGAAAAUCCCCUUGUGGAUAGUGAUUUUUAAGUGGUAUACGUUCGAUACUUCAAAAAUGGUCCCUUUCUCUACUUUGACAACAAUUUGUGGGAAGAAUGGCCGACAAAUUACGAAGGAUUUACACAUUCAUGAACACCUUUGUUCAUAUUUUCCAUUUAACAAUUUCAUGGCUAAUUACUUUUCAUCAGACUCAUCUCAUCUGUCGAAUAGUAAUGUAAUACAUACACAUGAAAGGAUUGAUAUCAACACAAAAAUUGAAAUGGUUGCAAUGCAUCCGCAUCAUCAACAAUUGAAAAAAAAGCAUGACGAAUCCUACCUUUUGAAUAUUACGACACCUAGACUGAUAUUUACAUGGAUGGCCAAGUUGUCUAGAAGGAUGUUAGUAAGGUCGGCGAAUAUUUAUGAGGAACACGCUUUUGUGAUGAGGGAAAACACAGCCCAAAAACGAUUAAACCACUUGUGCUCUCACUGUGACGAUUCUCAUAGCCUUUUUUUCACACCAAAACAAUGGAUUAUGCGUCAAAUUAAACAGUUAAUUAUUGAAGAUGCUUCUUCCUGCCAUCAUCUCGUCCAACGCGUUUUUUCGCUUAAAAAUGAGAGACAAGCGGUUCAAGCAUACUAUCCUGUCUCAAAGUACCAAGCUUUUGUAAGUAAAAUAUAUUUUGCGCAUGUUUCCAUCAACAUUCCAUUCCUAUCGUGUUCUAUUCACAGUCUGAACUACUUCCACUUGGUAAAAUAUAAUGCAUUAUUAUUCAUGAUGCCAAAACUAAUUUGGAAAAGGAAGAAUGGCCGACAAAUUACGAAGGAUUUACACAUUCAUGAACACCUUUGUUCAUAUUUUCCAUUUAACAAUUUCAUGGCUAAUUACUUUUCAUCAGACUCAUCUCAUCUGUCGAAUAGUAAUGUAAUACAUACACAUGAAAGGAUUGAUAUCAACACAAAAAUUGAAAUGGUUGCAAUGCAUCCGCAUCAUCAACAAUUGAAAAAAAAGCAUGACGAAUCCUACCUUUUGAAUAUUACGACACCUAGACUGAUAUUUACAUGGAUGGCCAAGUUGUCUAGAAGGAUGUUAGUAAGGUCGGCGAAUAUUUAUGAGGAACACGCUUUUGUGAUGAGGGAAAACACAGCCCAAAAACGAUUAAACCACUUGUGCUCUCACUGUGACGAUUCUCAUAGCCUUUUUUUCACACCAAAACAAUGGAUUAUGCGUCAAAUUAAACAGUUAAUUAUUGAAGAUGCUUGUUAUAUCAUUUUAAUUCAUAACAGGGUUUUCCGCCAUGAAUGA